UUUUAUGAAACAUGAUUGGCUACAGAAACGUCAAUUCGCACUGGGCAGUAUACUGCUAACAAUAUAGAAACACACCCUUGAUAAAACAAAAAUAUGGAAGCCACGAAUUCAGAUUCGGAAAUUAGCAAAAUGGAUAAAUAUUCAAUAUUAUUACCAACUUACAACGAAAGAGAAAAUUUGCCAAUAAUAAUAUGGCUUAUCAUGAAGUAUUUGGACAAUAGAGGUUACGAUUUUGAAGUGAUAAUAAUUGACGAUGGUAGCCCCGAUGGAACACUAGAAGUAGCCAAGCAGUUACAAAAACUUUAUGGGAGCAGCAAAAUAGUAUUACGCCCCCGGGAGAAAAAACUUGGAUUAGGAACAGCAUACAUGCAUGGAAUCAAACAUGCAACAGGAAAUUUCAUUAUCAUCAUGGAUGCAGAUCUUAGCCACCAUCCAAAGUUCAUACCCCAAUUCAUAGAACAUCAAAAAGAACAUGACUAUGAUCUGGUGUCGGGCACCCGGUACAAGGGUGACGGCGGUGUGUACGGCUGGGACUUCAAAAGGAAGCUCAUAUCCAGAGGUGCCAACUUCAUCACACAACUCCUGCUACGACCUGGUGCCUCCGACUUGACGGGCUCUUUUAGAUUGUACAAAAAGGAAAUUCUACAAAAAUUAAUAGACAGUUGUGUGUCUAAAGGUUAUGUUUUUCAAAUGGAAAUGAUUAUAAGGGCAAGACAGCUAGACUACACAAUAGGCGAAGUUCCAAUAACCUUUGUAGACCGAGUGUACGGAGAAUCAAAACUGGGCGGCUCAGAGAUAUUCCAGUUUGCCAAAGCCUUGUUGUACCUAUUUGCUACAACAUAAACAAAUCAUUGACAUGUCUUUGUUUGGAAGCAUUUAAUUUUGUACUUCAUUCCAGUUAUAAUACAAAACAUUACUUCAUAUUGUGCAGCUUGUCCAAAAAGAGUAGACGCCGAACAUAAUUUUUAAAUCACAUAAAAGUAUUAUAACAUUUUUUUUACGAAAUAUCAAUUGUGAUUACGUUUACAAAAUUUUGUUCAGCGUCUAGUCUUCUUUUGCAGACUUUAACAAUAAAACUCAACAAGUUUAUUUAAUUU